CUCAUCAUACAACAAAAGAUACGGAAAUGGAUUAUAUUGUCAAGGCUUACAAAGACUGGAAAUUGCAUUCGCAAUUUCAGGAGAUCGUGCCUGAUAUGGACGACAGCGAGUUCAUGUUUAACGAGAAGCAAUCAAUACGCGAUUCUUCACGUACUCUCAAAAAGUACGGCAGCACCACAUGCAACAACAUAAGGAAUAGCGAAUAUCUGAUUAGACACGAACUGCAUGACACGGAUACACUGCAAGGCAUAUCACUCAAAUAUGGAGCAACGACGGAACAGAUACGUCGCGUCAAUCGCCUGUUCGCCUCUGACAGCUUGUUCUUGCGCAAAUUCCUGCUUGUGCCCGUGGAGAAGACAUCCCCCUACUACUUGCAGGCGAACGGUGGCAACGAUUUGCUAGUCGAUGCCCUGGCCGCCACUCCGCCCACGACACCCGAUGCCAACGCGCAUCGAGACACGCUCAAUAAUGCAAACAGCUUGUCGCAGACAAAUUGCUACAACAGCGGCGGCAGCAGCAACAGUUGCAACACCAACAUCUCCAGCAGUUCAGCGAGCAGCACACGCUCUGGUCAACAGCAGAGUGUACGGCCGUAUUCGAUUGCAGGCGAACUGUUGGUGCAGGGCGACGAUGAGGAUCCGGCCAUGAUGAACAAUCAAAACGGUUGCAGCAAUAAGCAAAGCAAAUCGCUGGACUCUGUGGCAGCCAUGACGCCCGAGGAGGAGAAUCGCAAGUGCUUGACUGACUUUCUAAGUAAAAUCGAUAAUACCAUAUCGGAGUCGCGCAAAUAUGUAGAGCGUUCCAAGGAUCUGGUCAGCAGUCAGAGUGAUGCGGAUAUUUGUAUUAGCGCCAGCACGGAUGUAUUUCCACAGCGUCGCAAUCAGCUGAACAACUCCUACAAGAACAACAACAACAGUCGUCCACCGCAUCAGCGGCACAGCUCCACGGGCAGCGGCAAUUCGGACACAGCGCAAUUGUUAAACACAACACAAACGCGUCGGGUGCAGAACUCCUUGAAGCGUCUGGAGAAGCAGCAGGAUGACUUCUUUGAGUUGUAGCGGCUUCUCGCGCGCUACGCUACAUUAGCUCUAGUUUAAUUAAUCGUAUGAGAGAAUAUAUAUAUAUAUAUAUAUGUACAUGUGUAUGUGUGAGCAGAAUAAUUUUAUAAAUGUUUUAAAAUCACAAUACAGCGCAUAUAGAGACAGACAAAAUGAUGCACUUAAUGUUAAUUAUAUAUACACAGAGAGUUACUGUUACAUCACAUAUACAUACAUACAAACAACAUCAUAUACGUACAUACUGUCUACCUAUAUGCUAAGCGCUGCGCUAUUUAAACCUGUACUAUAUACAAGCUAUGUUGACGACACAGUUGUUAAUGAGAUCUUAUUACCUAUAUUUUAUUGUUAGUUCCAACUGCUGGACCCUGAUAAUUGCCGCCAAUUUGCUUGCAAAGUCUGUGCCCUGGCCAUGGCCCUACUUCCCUUUAAUACUAUGUUUAUCUUUUGUAUGUAUUAGCUUUAGUUUAUUAUUAUAUAUCUACAUAUAUUUAAUUUAGUUAUGAGAAUUAUUAAUCUUAAUACCCAUACCAUAGUCGUUAGCACUAAAAACUGACUGCUCGGCAAUAUAUAUGUUUGUUAAAUUGAUUGAAUUGAUACAUUGAUGCCCCCCAUAUACUUUUUGUUAUCUGUGUGCGCAUACAACUAAAAAUAAAUGCAGUUUUCAAUGUGAGCAAUUGUAAGCAGUACCGUCUAUAUAUUGUUUGAGAAGAUUUUAUAAACAAAUUAAACUAAGUGAAACCCAAA